CACCCUCAGAUCGCUUACCCUUUUUGAAAACCAUUCCUCCAACGCUCUCUUCCGCCUUUUCUCUUUUUCUCCCCCUUUUCAAAACUGUCUCUAUCUCUCUCUCCUUCCUCCCAUUUCAAAUUCCCCACCUAUACACACACCUAUACAUACACGCAUCUCGAUCCGCGCAACAACCGCCGUAACCAUGUCGCUGAGACCGAACGCGAGGACCGAGGUUCGCCGGAGCAAGUACAAGGUCGCCGUCGACGCCGACGAAGGCCGGAGAAGGAGAGAAGACAAUAUGGUGGAGAUCAGGAAGAAUCGGAGGGAGGAGAAUCUGCAGAAGAAGCGGAGAGAAGGCGUGCAGGCGCCGCAGCUCGAGAAUCUCUCUGCUACUGCUGUUCAGAUUGAACAGAGGUUAGAAUCCCUUCCAGCAAUGGUGGCUGGUGUAUUUUCAGAAGAUGGAAGUUUGCGACUUGAAGCAACAUCUCAUUUUCGAAAGCUACUUUCAAUAGAACGCAAUCCUCCAAUUGAGGAAGUUAUUAAAUCUGGCGUUGUUCCCCGCUUUGUUGAGUUCCUUGGACGAGAUGACUACCCACAACUACAGUUUGAAGCAGCCUGGGCCCUGACUAAUAUUGCAUCCGGGACAUCUGAUCAUACCAAAGUCGUGAUUGAUCAUGGAGCUAUUCCUGUUUUUAUUAGACUUCUUACAUCUGCAAGUGAUGAUGUUCGUGAACAGGCUGUUUGGGCACUAGGGAAUGUAGCUGGUGACUCACCCAAAUGCCGUGAUCUUGUUCUUGCCCACGGAGCUCUGAUGCCGUUGUUGGCACAAUUCAACGAGCAUGCAAAGAUAUCAAUGUUGAGAAAUGCAACAUGGACUUUGUCAAACUUCUGUAGGGGAAAGCCACAACCUCACUUUGAGCAGACAAAACCAGCCCUACCUGCUCUUGCUAAACUCAUAACUUCAAAUGAUGAAGAAGUGCUUACAGAUGCCUGUUGGGCAUUCUCCUAUCUUUCUGAUGGCACUAAUGAUAAAAUCCAAGCUGUUAUCGACUCUGGUGUUUGCGGACGUCUUGUUGAACUUUUAUAUCACCCAUCAUCUUCUGUUCUCAUUCCUGCUCUGCGCACCGUUGGUAAUAUCGUCACAGGGGAUGAUAUGCAGACACAGGUCAUCAUACAGCAUCAGGCUCUUCCAUGUCUUCUGAACUUGUUGACGAAUAAUCACAAGAAAAGUAUUAAGAAGGAAGCUUGCUGGACGAUCUCAAAUAUCACGGCUGGCAAUAGUGAACAGAUACAGGCUGUUAUUGAGGCUGGUAUUAUAGGCCCCCUUGUUCAACUGCUUGGCACUGCUGAAUUUGAAAUCAAGAAAGAGGCUGCCUGGGCAGUUUCAAAUGCUACAUCUGGUGGAACACAUGAACAGCUCAAGUUCUUGGUAAGCCAGGGAUGUAUAAAGCCUUUGUGUGAUCUCUUAAAUUGUCCUGAUCCAAGAAUUGUUACGGUUGCCUUGGAAGGCCUAGAAAACAUCUUAAAGGUUGGAGAAGCUGAGAAGAAUUUGGGUCAUACAGGUGAUGUCAAUGUGUAUGCGCAGUUGAUUGAUGAAGCUGAAGGCCUAGAGAAGAUCGAAAACCUUCAGAGUCAUGACAACAAUGAAAUUUAUGAAAAGUCUGUGAAACUUCUCGAAACAUAUUGGUUAGAGGAUGAUGAUGAGCAGUUACCAGGUGGUGAUACUGCUCAAUCCGAGCUUAAGUUUGCUGGUAAUGGACCCUCGGUUCCAUCCGGUGGCUUUAGCUUCAGCUAAAAGGUAUUGAAGUCUAUCUGGAUAUGCUGGGAUGCCAUUGCCUUCUGGACCAGCUGGGUUGCAUGGGGAGGAAAUAUUACUCUUUCAGACAGUUAAAAGAAAAACGGAUUUCUGUCCAAGGAGACCAUAUUUCUUGUUGCAAAUAAUUUUGGUUUGCGGCAACUUUUAUCUCCUACUUUUACCAAAUAGCUUUUCUAUUUGAGCCUUUUUAUUAUUUAAAUAUUGGGAUUGGUUUACAAUAUUAAAACGUGAAUUUUUCAUGUCAUGAAAUCACAGUUCGUUACUUUA